AUGUGCUGGACUAUCGGGCCCUUGGAAAUGAUACAAGUCCAAAUACCCGGUUCAAACCUUCUAGCGCUUCCAUUACGUUUUCCUAUCUCUGCCCAAGAGGAUCUUGGAAUGACCCUACGAAAUUCUCUUCCAGAAAAGGAUUAUAUUUCACGCAACAGAUCAAGAGUUGCUGAACGUGGCCAGCGGGCUUCGCUUUCGCCUUCAACCCUUCAGAACCUCAGACUUUCCUCCCGAACCCCUCCGUCACAUGCGAUCUCGUCUUCUUCGCAACAGGGGUCUCCGGUCAUGUCGUCCGUCUAUCUUUCGCACCCGACUACGGGAACGACCCAAGGCCAGCGAGAUCUAUCUCAGUUUCACAUAAUGACAGCGAAAAUCGCUACCAAUCCUUCUCAUCAGUUCGAAACUGAAUUUCGCGCGAGUCCUUCUUACGAAGGUUUUUAUAAUACAACAAUGAGUCAGCCAGCCUUGGACGACGCGGAUCAUUUCCGUUAUGAAGUGACACCCCCUUCAACGGGUUACGAACAAGCCCUCUAUGAUAUUCAGUCUCGUUCUAGCUUAUGGGAUUAUGGAACCGACAACCUCUCUGUAUAUUCAGGAAGGAGUUACGGCGAUGGUCUACCAGAGACGAUGGCACAAUGUUCUGAAGCCAUGGACCUUCGACCAUCAUCCAUAGCAAGCUCGCAUCCCUUCGAAUCCUCAGGCUUUACCCUACAGCAGCUUCAUUUCGUUCCCGAGCAAGCACACCUCGCUCCGGGAACCAGCGUCUCCAGCCCUCAGCUUCAUCAGAGUUCGCAUGGACAAUUAAGGCAAAGUCCACUCUUUGCAAAUACCCCCACCUCUGAUGAAUAUCCCCGAACACCAUCCUCUAAUCCUCCAUUAUCGUCGAAUAAUGUGGAAAUUCCUCCUUCCAGCCUUGCCUCUCAAUAUUCUUCAUCAAUAUCUUCCAUCCCUAUCCUCUCGUCGGCGCAACCGUAUGAACCAUCUCCAUUCUAUACCAGCGAGUCUCUUUCUGACUCUGGUUAUUCCUUACCUCCUUCGGCAUCCACAACACCAGUCCCUACCGUAUCAGACCCAGCUACGGGGGCAAGCAUUCAGGUUCGCGUGGUUAAUUCCCGAACAAAGCCACAAUGCUGGGAUCAUGGCUGUAACGGCCGUGAGUUUUCCACUUUCAGCAACCUCUUACGGCACCAACGAGAAAAAGCUGGCCUUGCUGCAAAAUCGGAGUGUCCUUAUUGUGGUGCCGUCUUCACCCGGACAACAGCUCGAAAUGGGCAUCUUUCGCAAGGUAAAUGCAAAGUUAAGCGUCAAAUGGAUGAAAAGGAGAGAUCUUUGACUGCUUCAAGAUAA